AUGAAGUGGAUGGUGGUGGUUUUGCUCUGCCUCCCCCUGCUGGAGGCCACUCUGGUCAGAAUCCCACUGAAGAGACGUAAGACAAUCCGAGAGACCCUGAAGGACAAGGGCUUACUGGAAGACUUCCUGAAGACUCACAAGUACAACCCCGCUCAGAAGUACCGCCUCAACAGCUUCGAUGACUUCAGCGUGCUCUAUGAGCCGGUGGCCUACAUGAACGCUGCUUACUUUGGCGAGAUCAGCAUCGGGACUCCACCCCAGAACUUCCUGGUCCUUUUCGACACCGGCUCCUCCAACCUGUGGGUGCCCUCUAUCUACUGCAAGAGCGAGGCCUGCACCACUCACCCCCGCUUCAACCCCGGCCAGUCUUCCACCUACACCACCAACGGACAGACCUUCUCCCUGCAGUACGGCACCGGCAGCCUCACUGGCUUCUUUGGCUAUGACACCCUGACUCUCCAGAGCAUCCAGGUGCCCAACCAGGAGUUCGGCCUGAGCGAGAACGAGCCAGGUUACACUUUUGUCUAUGCGAAGUUCGAUGGCAUCAUGGGCCUUGCCUACCCUGGGCUGGCUGCCGGAGGGGCCACCACUGCCUUGCAGGGCAUGCUGCAGGAAGGCGCCCUUUCCAACGCCCUCUUCAGCGUCUACCUGGGCAGCAAGGAGGGUUCUGAGGACGGAGGAGUGAUCGUCUUCGGGGGUGUGGACGAGAGCUUGUACACCGGAGAGAUCUUCUGGGCCCCUGUCACCCGGGAGCUCUACUGGCAGAUCGCCCUUGAGGAGUUCUUUGUUGGUGACCAGGCCUCCGGCUGGUGCUCUCAGGGCUGUCAAGGCAUCGUGGACACAGGCACCUCUCUGCUCGCCGUCCCUAAGAAUUACCUGAGCACCCUUUUGGAGGUCAUAGGAGCUCAGGAGAGCGCAUAUGGACAGUAUUAUGUGAACUGUAACAACGUGGAGAGCCUGCCCACCCUCAAGUUCGUCAUCAACGGUGUGGAGUUUCCUCUGCAACCUUCCGCCUACAUCCUUGAAGAAGAUGGUUUCUGCAUGGUGGGAAUCGAGUCCAUUGACAUCACCUUAGAGAGUGGCCAGCCCUUCUGGAUCCUUGGAGAUGUCUUCCUCAGGUCCUACUAUUCUAUCUUCGAUGUGGCCAACAACAGAGUGGGCUUUGCCACUGCCAUCUAG